UCUCUGGCCACUGACUGAAAACAAAACCUCUCUGCUCUGCCUUUGUGGUUUCCUCUGCAUGCACCCCUUUCAAACCUGGCACCUCCCUCUCUAUCUGCCUGACUCUCUCUCACUCUCUCUCUCUCUCUCAUUCUCUCUCUCUCUCUGAUUUCCUGUGGUACUUCAGAAAGAGCAGAACUAUGUGUGCUCUCUUGAGAUAAUCAGUUAUUAAAUGCAGUGUAUUUAUGAAGAAUACAUUUUUCUUAGAUCAGAGAGCUGCCACACAUCUGUUGCAAGUAGUUUGAGGAUUACUAAUCAUGGCCUUUUGUUGGCCAUUUUAUUACCUUUCACUGAGCCCAAACCACCCUUUGACAUGUUGGUAUAAUAGGAGUUUAAACAUUCUCCAAAUGUAAACAUUUUGAUUUAAUCCCAGAUUAGUUUCCAAAAACUCUUCGUAAUAAUUCCUUUACCCUUACAGCCCUUGUGAUGCCUUGCUGGGGGUGGCAAUCAAAUGGUGAACAAGCAAAAUAAAGUCAAAAACAUGCAUUGCCUUUCCUUAGCCCUCUGCAUGCACCCCUUUCAUACGUUACCAGGCAUCUCUCUCUCUCAUUUCAGUGGGGUCAGAACUACAUGUGCUCUUUUGAGAUAAUCAGUGAUUACACACCAUUUCUUUUUGAAGAAUAAUACACUUCGAGAACUCAGCUCAAAUGGCUGUCAAAUCUUUAACAAACAGUUUGAAAGCUUUGUAAUUGUGGACUUUAUUGAACCACAUUGCCUACUUUCAAAAUACCCAAACCUCCAUGAUUGUACAGUAGGGUGUUUAAAAAUGUCACAAUUGUAAACAUUUUGAUUUCAUUCAGGACAUGAAUUUGUAGCCCAAUACCCCUGCCUGUGAGAAGGGCCUGUGCUGUCCAUGGUCCUGCAGCUCUCCCAGGUUGCUUGGAUACCUGGGUGCUGCAGGGACAGAACACCACCACCCUUCCUGGCACCACAACCUGCACAGCUUAGAUUUUUAAACAAAAGUGCUGAUUGUAGUUAUGCAAGAAGUUUAAAGGAGCCUGUUUUGAAAAAGUUUAAUUGCUGUUCAUGCAGUCAUGGAUUUUGAGAGCUUAAUUUAUGAUUUUUAAAAAUGUAUGUAUUCAUUUCAUUUAUUUAUUUAAAAACUUACAUAUUCUAAUUUUAAAUGCAACUAGGUGCAUUGAACUGACCCUUCAUUGAGACAAGGCCAGGAGAGAUAACAGAGGUAGUCCCCUUAAUGAGGCCAUUGUGAUGUCAUCCAGUAACAGAACCUCAGGCCUCAGACAUUGAGACCCUGGAUAUGGACAAUCUACAUCAUAUGAUAGAAGUUGAAAAAUAUCAAAAAUGCGUGUGAAUGCAAAAUCCUGUAUCAAUCCACCUACAGGCAGCACUGCCUCCUACUCCUGGAAUGGGACAGCAGAGAAAUUAAGCACCAUGGACACUGCACAGAAACACACACACACACACACAUACACACACGCACACGCAUACACACAUAGAGACGCACACACACAUACAUGAGUACACACCCACACACAUACACCCACGCACACACACAUACACACAUACACACACAUGCACACACGCACCCACACACAUAUACACCCACGCACACACACACACAGACAUAUUAAUUACUGUAGUAUGAAUUGAGGUGCCUUUUUCAAUCUAAAGUUAUUCUUAAAGUAAGCUAUUUAAAACAUUGUGAAGACUUCCACAUUAUUACACUGUAAAUAACAACUGGAUUAUAAUUAUUAUUUGACCUAUAUUAAGCAGGAUGGAAAUAAUGACAUCAGUGUUCUUUUUUUGCACUGAGGGUGUUUAUCAGCAGAUGCUUGUGUAGCUCUUGUGCACCCAAAUCAUUAAACAGCCAAUCAAAUCUGCCCCUGACAUGUGCCCUCCUACUGUUCAGUGAAUGAAGAGAAAUGAUUAUCUCAAGUCCUCCUCUUAUCUGUACAGUUUGAGUUUUACAGCGCAGAGGACAAACAGGGUCUCAGGCAGAGCAGAGUCUCCAGAAGAGGAGAGUUCAGAUACAGUGAUGCCACCACUCUGUGCAGUUCUUGUGCUUUUCAGCAAAGUCUAUGGUCUGCUUGGGAAGAACAUAGUUCAGCCUCACGCGCUUAUGACAGCCCAGCUUGGAGACACUGUGACUCUCCCAUGUUUCGAUGCUAAAGAUGACAAUGUGCAAUGGUACAGAUGGUUUAAGCAGCCUCUUGGACAGAAGCCUGAGCAAUUGUUAAUGAUAAAAAAUUCUGAACCCUGUACUAUAGAAUUCAAUGAGUUUAUAAACAGUACACGCCUCAGUGCUAAAGCAGCAAAGGGGAGCUCAAACCUGACUGUGUCACAAGUAGAGCCGUCGGAUUCAGCCACAUACUACUGCGCUGUUUGGCUCGACGAUGAACUCAGCUUUGGAGAAGGAACUACAUUAAUGGUCCUGGGUUCAGAGUCACACAACAGGACAGUAGUACUGCAGCAGCCCAAGUCUGAGUCAGUGCAUUCUGGAGACUCUGUAACUCUGCAGUGUUCAGUACGCACUGAGACCUGUGCAGGAGAACACAGUGUGUACUGGUUCAGACAGGGCUCAGGAGAGUCCCCUCCAGGAAUCAUUUACACCCAUGGAAUCAGGAGUGAUGAGUGCCAGAGGAGCUCUGGGGCUGUGUCUCCCACACAGAGCUGUGUCUACAAAUUCCCCAAGAGGAACCUCAGCCCCUCUGAUGCUGGGACUUACUACUGUGCUGUGGCCACCUGUGGGGAGAUCCUGUUUGGGAGCGGGACCAAGCUGCACUUUGAGG